UUUUUUUUUCCAAGUAGUAUUGUAGGUAUUGGGUAGAGCGACAUCUCAGUCCAGGCUCUGUCUUUAAUGAUUGAUCAAAAUGUCAACAUGUGUCCAGUUUGCAGUCCAAGUCCAGAGAGUGUUUAUUCCUGACAUUUACUGGAUAUGUGCAUGGGACAUCUUUUUUUCAGACAUUUUAUCUAUGAUAACAUAUCUAAUUUCUUGUCUCUUCUCAGUAGCUGACCAAAUGAUUCUUUUUUGAAAAGGAAUUUUCUUUUAUGCUACUUGGAAGAAGCAUGACUCUAUCAAAAGAGCUGAAGAAUUUUUAGGGGAAGUUGAACAACACGUUUUUUCUUAUAUCAUAACUGUACCUCUCAGAAUUGAACCUUUCUUGAAGAAAAAUGAUUAUCUCCAUUUUUGUGGAAAAACUCCACUUCGUUUUUUUGGUGAUGACAGGGCUGCUGAAUCUACCGCUGUUUACAGAAUGUAAUAAGAUCAGGCUGGUCGGGCCUUCGCGCUGCGCUGGCAGGGUGGAGAUCUUUCAUGAGGACAGCUGGGGAACCGUGUGUGACGAUUUCUGGAGCCUCGCCAGCGCUGGCGUGGUGUGUCGCGAGUUAAACUGCGGCACUGUUCAAGAGGCAAAAAAAAAUGCUUUCUUUGGACAAGGCAAAGACGAAAUUUUUUUGGAUGAUGUGAAGUGUGUUGGGGAUGAGUCUUCCCUUCUGAAGUGCCCACACAAGCCUCUCGGGGUAAAUAAUUGUGGCCAUAGUGAAGAUGCUGGGGUCAUCUGUUCAGAGCACAUGAAGCUUGUCAAUGGAACCAAUCGCUGUGAUGGCAGGGUGCAAAUCUAUCACGAAGGCAGCUGGAAACCAGUCUGCAGCACUAACUGGGGCGUUGCAGAAGCUGCUGUGGUGUGCCGUGAGAUAAGCUGUGGAACUCCUGUAAUCAAUCCUACAAUAAAGGAUUUUGGGCAGUCUCAUGGCCUGGCUGGGGUCAAAUCCAGUUGUAUCGGAAAUGAGACCUCUAUCUCAACUUGCGAGAUCCAAGAGAUCAAAGAAAGCUGCCCUGAUGCUGUUGUCGUCUGUGCAAACAAUAAACCAACAAGACUGGUGAAUGGGACUAACCAAUGUUCUGGUCGAGUAGAGGUGUUCUAUGAAGGACAGUGGGGAACAGUUUGCGAUGACCGGUGGGGGCUUCAGGAGGCAGCAGUCGUAUGCAGGGAGUUGAACUGCGGGAAUGCUCUUACAGUGAAGUACAAAGCCUUCUUUGGCAGAGGCCAUGAUCAGGUUUGGCUGGAUGAUAUUGACUGUACCGGUCAUGAGAAGUCCCUUGCUGAUUGUCCACAUAGAGGUUUUGGAGAGCAUGACUGUGACCACAGUGAAGAUGCUGGUGUCAUAUGCUCAGAGUCUGUGAGAUUAACUAAUGGGACCAGUAGCUGCUCUGGUAGGGUGGAGGUCUUGCAUGGUGAAAAAUGGGUAAACAUUUGCAACAACAACUGGGGCAUUAAUGAGGCUUCAGUUCUGUGUAAAGAACUCAAUUGUGGUCCUCCAAAGAAAUCCCAAGACGUCUUGAGUUAUGGGAACUCUGCACAGACUGGGUACAAUAGCAGAUGUCCUAAUGAUGCCACCUCCAUCAAAGAGUGUACACUUGCGGAGCAUAUCGGGACUUGUGAAAUUGUCUCUGCUGCAUGUACAGAGAAUCCACCAAUAAGGCUUGUCAAUGGCACUGACCGAUGCUCCGGCAGAGUGGAGGUUCUACAUGAUGGCCAGUGGGGAACAGUGUGUGACGAUGAAUGGGACAUGAGAGACGCCCAGGUGGUGUGCAGAGCCGUGGACUGUGGAUCGGCUCUGACAGUCAAACCUGGAGCUUACUUCGGUCAAGGCCCAGGAGAGAUUUUGCUGGAUGAUGUCAGCUGCAUUGGUAACGAGACUUCCCUUUUGCACUGCCAACGUAGCGCCUUUGGAGAAAACAACUGUGGCCAUAGUGAGGAUGCGGGAGUGAUUUGUGCAGCGAAUCUUAGACUUAUGAAUGGGCCGAACCAGUGCUCGGGCAGGGUGGAGGUUUACCAUCGAUCUAACUGGUCACCAGUCUACAAAAUCAACUUUGGGAUGAACGAAGCUGCAGUGGUGUGCAGGGAGAUGAAUUGCGGAGAACCUGUCAAGAUCUCGACUUCUUUCGGUGUCAGUGGAGAUCUCAGAGGCUUAAAAGUCAGUUGUAGUGGUGGAGAAAGCUCUCUCACAAGGUGCACUCUGACAGACUAUGUCCGGACCAGACACGACCAUUUUCAAGAUGUAUCUGUCGAAUGUGCAGGAAACGUCAGGUUGGUCAAUGGAUCACACCGCUGUGAUGGCAGAGUUGAGGUUUACGAGAGAGAAAAGUGGUGGCCUGUUUGUGGUCAGACCUGGGACAUACAUGGGGCUACAGUUUUGUGCAGAGAUCUGGGCUGUGGUAGACCUCAUGGGGUCACUACAUCUUCUGAGUAUGGUCUUGGUUCAGGUCCAACCCUGAAUGAACAAAUUGAAUGCACUGGAACUGAGUACACAUUCUCCCAGUGCCAACGGAGACCAUUUGGGAACAGAAUCUGCAAUGCAACCUCAGUUGCUGGCGCUGUUUGCACAGGAAGUCUGGAAGUCCGGUUGGCCAACGGUAGAGAUGAGUGCUCUGGAAGAGUCGAGGUUCGUCAUGGUGAAACAUGGCAAACAGUGUGUGACACAGACUGGACCCAAAGCAAAGCUCAGGUGGUCUGUAAAACACUGGAGUGUGGAACUGCCUUAAGUGCCCCUGGUGGUGCCCAUUUCGGUCAAGGCAAUGGAUCAGUGGUGGAAUCGAGUGGCUCAUGUUUUGAUGACGGGACUUCUCUUAAAAAAUGCUCAGUGCAAGGUUUCAGGACCGUAAACUGCGGCCAUCAGCAUGAUGCUGGUGCGAUAUGUGCAGCUCCGCUGCGGCUGGUCGGCGGCUCAGGUCAAUGCUCAGGCAGAGUGGAGCUUUUCUACAAAGGCGAAUGGGGAACUGUGUGUGACGACGACUGGCAAAUAACCACCGCUGAUGUGGUAUGCAAACAAAUUGGUUGUGGCCAUGCUGUUGCUGCCCCUACAAAUGCUCAUUUCGGCAGAGGUUCUGGUCCCAUAUGGCUGGAUAAUGUUGAAUGUGAAGGCCAAGAAGCCGCUCUCACACACUGCAGACAUGCAGGUUUUGGAGAAAAUAACUGCGGGCAUGGCGAAGAUGCUAGCGUUAUCUGCUUAGGUGCUCUGCAGAAACCACAGCUUACCAUAAGCCCUGCUACAGAGGUAAACUGGGGGGAUAGAGUUGAAUUCACCUGCACUGUAGUAUCGGAACACUUGGGUGGGACAUUUGUGCUGAAAAACACCCAAGGGACAUACACAAAGGAGAAAUUCUCGGAACAUGAGGCUGCAACCUUUAUCAUCCCUUCAGUGGACUUCAGCCAAAAGGGCUCAUACUUCUGUGAAUAUCAAAAGAAACUGCCCGAGCAAGUAAUCUAUUAUCCUCAAGGAAAUGUUGCUGAUCUGUCCGUCUUAGUGAAACUAGAGAAGCCCAAUAUCUUCCUGAACUCCCCUCACACCAUGGUGAUCUACAGUCCAGACAGACUAACGGUCAACAAAGGCAGCACCUUCGCUGUCACCUGCUCCACUUUCAGCACUUACUCCAAUGGUGUCUUCUAUCUGACAAACUCUGUCACAAACCACACUGAAGCAAAAGAAGCAACUGGCGACACCAUCCACCGUCUAGCAAAUUUUGAAUUCUCUGAAGUAGAUUUUCAACACCAAGGACGGUACUCCUGUGUCUACUCGGUUAACAUCUCCACAGAGCCUUUCUGCUCCCUUCCUUCAAAAUCACUCCAGAUCUCUGUAAUCUCCACCUCAUCGCCUUCAGUUAUUGGAGCUGUCGUGGGAUUACUGGUGGUGUUGUUUCUCGCUCUGGUGAUUGGAUUCCUGGUCUGGAGAAAGAAAUUGCGAGGUGCCGGGGUCUUGGUUCAGUUUAGCAACAGGUUUGAUGGAGCGGUUAGACAAGACAUGGAAGACAGAAGCAAACGGCUACCCAGCGAAAGGGAGCGCAGUAACCAGCUGUAUGAGCCUGCACAACACAGCACGAAAGAAAAUAAUGUCGAUCUUGAUUCUGACCACCCUGCUGAAAGAGUUCCUGAAGAUCUGGCUGGGAAAGUUUGUUAUGAACUUGAACCUCUAGUUGAUACUUUAUAAUAAAAAAAUAGGAGAAGUGGUUUAAGUCAAAUUUUACAGAGUAACACAGCAUCAGGCUUAAAAGCAGCUUUCUUAAUUCCUCUUUGUUUGAAAGUAUCAUUCUUUUUUUAAUCAUCUGUGUCAACUCGCAUGUCCUGAUGCAUACUUUUACAUCACAGCUUUGAAGUUAGGGGUUCAACUAUCUUCUCUCUAUGUUAAGUUGUUGUUGUUUAAAGUUUUUUUUUCCAUCUAACCAUUUUAAAUGUAAUUUCUUUUGAUGAAUUUAGCAUUUUAGCUUUCAGAGAAUAGAAAAUAAACAUAGGUAAGAGUAUAAUUUUUGGUGACAUACACACACGGUUCGAGGUGCUGUAGUGCUUGGCAGUAACAAGGACUUUUGAUAGUGACAAGCGAACCAAAGCAGGAAAUUUGUAAACUUUUGUAUCGCAUGGUAAUUUCUGGUGCACAUGACAUGACUGCUGAUCAAUAAAGUUGUAUUUCUUAAAACAUUCAGAACAAUGCAGUCUUUUUUUUAACACUUCAUUUUUAAUUAUGUCUUAUAACAAAUUAUCU